UAUACGUAAUAUUGCUCCGUAGAUUCCAAACUCGAUCCGCCCCUCUCCCGUUUUCCCUCUAUAUAACUUCCCCAUGUUGGAGCAAUUCUUCCACCGCUCCCACCCCGCUCCCGCUAUAAUGGCCGCUCUCCAACUCCCAGCCCUCCUCCUUUGCCUCUCCAUCGCCACCCUCCUAUUCUCGCCCUCCCAUUCCAAAACAUGCACUUCACAAAUUUUCACCGGUCACAAAACCUACGCUAACUGCACGGACCUCCCUACUCUAAGCGCCACCCUCCACUGGACCUACGACAACGCCACGUCCUCUCUCUCCAUCGCCUUCCUCGCUCGUCCGGCUGCACCCUCCGGUUGGGUCGCCUGGGGGAUCAACCCGGCCGGGCCCAGAAUGCUCGGCACCCAGGCUCUCCUCGCCUACAAGAAACCCGACGGCUCGUUAGCUGUCAGGACGUUCAACUUGAAUUCCACAAAAGUCGUCAUCCCGUCGGUCAUUUCGUUCGCUGUCUCUAACAUGAGCACGGGGUACGCCAACGGGAUGAUAGGGAUACUUGCCACGAUGGCAUUGUCGCCGAAUACGACGUCGGUGAGUCACGCUUGGAAUGUCGGCUCAUCGGUGAGUAGUAAUGGUGUUCCGAGUCCGCAUGAGAUUUUGCCGGAUAAUCUUCACUCUGUGGGGACGUUAGAGUUGGCGAAGAGUAGCAGAACGCCGAGCGACGGAAAUGGAACCAGCAGUGCCGCCGGUCCGAACGGAGGACAAGGACAUAGUGGUGGUGGUAGGUUCGGAAGCGGCGGUUUUGGGCUUUUUGCUUCGGUAUUAAUUAUGGCAAGUUUUGUGAUUUGGUCUUAGAAUUAGUACGGGGUUGAAUUUUUUUUCCCAUAGAUAUAUUAGCAAUUAUGGGAGGGAAGGAAGUUUUGAGGGAGGAAAAUUCCUAAAGAUUUGGUGAUUUAAUUAGAUACCAUAUGGUUUUAUAUU